GUUCUUGGUGGGGAAUAAGGAUGGACUGUUCGAGAGAUCACAUGCAUGAUCCUUUCAGUUUGAGCGUGCAAUGCGGUCCAGUAGGGGCAGUUUCUGUCUGCACCUCCCAUUCAGACGAGGACGUUGACUUGGGAGACAUAUUGAGCUUCACAUCUGAGGCAAGUGCUGAGAAGCCAGGAUACAUUGGUAGGCGAGGAUAUCUUAAGAGCAAAGAGGAAAAUCCAGAGACCAGGUCCUUGAUCUUGAGCUUGGAGAAUCAGGUGCCGAUACGCAUAAUUAGAAGCUACAAUUUAUCCAAUGAAUACUCGCCAAAGACGGGUUAUCGCUACGAUGGCUUGUAUGUUGUCGUAAAAUGCUGGAUUGGUGUAUCUCCGGAAACAGGUUUAAAGUGCUAUAAAUUUGCACUGAGACGACUUCUACACCAGGAUCCCCCACCCUGGAAAUUGCAGACUCCUUGCGACAGAGGCGUUGAACCAGGCGCCAAUACCAAUGAUACGAUUAUAUCUCGAUGUAUUUCUAUGAAGAAGUUUCAGGGCAGAGAUGGGAAAAUGUCGCAACUGCACGCACCUUGCAACAAUAAUCUGAGUAAAGCUACUAAAUCUGUGGAGAAAGAGAAACAAAGUUUAUCCAAAGAAGAAAGAUCCCCAGUCGGAAGAGCAGGUAAUUCGAGCAGACCCGAUAUCACGACAACAGUGACAGUUUUACCAGGUAGAAAAACUGUCUCGGACGAUCAUACAAAUGUUCAAGGUAGCACGAUUGUUACGAGACGUGUAUCCAAAAAAGCACCAAACAACAAACCCGACAGUAAACAACUAAUUUCUGAGUCCAGUAACAAACCGUCCAGUGAAAUACAGCCACGAAACGAACUGGGUGAAGAAGAGAGAGUAAAGUCUCAGGGCACGCGACUCCAGAACACGAACAUAUCGAUUCGAUACGAUUUGUACGAUUCUUCUCACAACAUUAAGCAGCGUGGUUCUAACAUCGCGACUUACAGCGGCGGCGGAAGUGGUGGGUUCAAACCGCGCAUGCACAUUGUUCCUACUAGACAGCUCCACUUCGCAGGAGUUGAUUCGUCGCCCGGCAGCAGUAGCCGGACGAUUUCGAGUGUGAAAAUGGAGCGAGUCGAGUCAAUCGGCGGUAUGAAGAAGCUGAAUCUUGACGAAGUUUGUAAUGAAAGAGAAAUUUCGUCGCUGACCCAUCAACAAAACCCGCAAUUAACUGUGGAACACUCAUACGCUACGCAAUUGACAGAGGGGUCGGAACUGCACGACGAAAAGGUUGAACAAAAUCGUCAAAGUUUUGUAAAUAAGGCGAUGAAUGAAAGGGAAGCGCUUCUGAAACCUCGGCAAAGAGAAAGGAGAAAUAAGAAAAAUAGUCGAGAGUGUGAAUCUCAUAUAUCGUCUUCAAUCGAGGAGACAGAAGUGCGAAAAACCGUUGGUGCUUUGAAUAGAAUUCAAUCAACCGUCAACGACAAUUCUCCUUCUGAAGAAACGUUGGCUAGAAGAAAGCUUAGGGAUGUUCCGGUCCCUUCACCUUCUGAGAGUCCACCAUUCAAGGGAUUCGUAUCGGCGAGGAACAUCGAUAGGAAAACAUGGUCCGAAUCCAUGGAAAUGGCAAGUUCGCUCACUGUUGAGAAAAUGCUGGAUAUAAUAACGGAGGAAAAGACUAGUCCAAUGGCAAAGAUGCUAAUAAGUACUGUGAUUGGAUUCCCCCAUGUCGAGACCCUUCCUGCCUGCAACAAUAACAAGGAAAGCACACUAACGAAUGUCCAUUAUGAUGAGCUGGAUAAUUCGUCGCAGAUAGCGACGAAUCGGAAUAAAACUGGAGUCCAAACUGCCAUAAAUAAACGAACACCGUUGAGCAUGAAAACCAGAUCCUGUGCUAAACUUUGUGAGCAAACAGCAGCAAAAACUGUUCAAGAAAAAGAAACAGUCCUUAAUGUAUCCAGUGAAAAGUUGAAGAUGGUCGACAAAACUGUAUUGUGUUUGGAAAGAAUCGGUAGUAAUUAUCUGCCGAAACUGUCGCGUUCAAGGCAAUUCAGAUGCCUGGAUAACAGCAGAGAGCAAAACAUUAUCGAAAUAGUUUACACCGGCAAAGAUUCGCUCGGAAAUCAACAAGUGGUGGAUGCAAAUUUGAAUCAUACACACAGGUUAAGGUCUAGCGGAAAAGUAGAAGUCAGCGGAAAGCCAAAGAUUAAAAACCCUGAUAUCAAAGCUACUGAACAACCGCACAUGCUCGGUAGCAGAGCGAGAGAAGUUCGCGUCCCGAGUAACAGAAAUCGGCGAUGGCCUGACGCAGUGAAUGCCAAUGCUGCUAAUUAUACAGUAACGAAGCGUAAAAGCGGAUCUGAGUUUUGCAGAAGUCAUGGAGAAGUUGACGCAUAUGAAACUGUUCCAAGAAUAAGCGAAAACCAGGAAAAUAACACAUCGAGCAGCGCGAAGUCGGUUGAUACUGUCGACUGUUCAAAAAUAACGAAAGAUUCGAGUAUACAAUUGAAAGACCAGAUUCAAACGAACGGCUGCUUGAUCGGCGCGAGGAAAUCCUCAAUGUCACAUAAGCCAGAAUUUGUCGAAAGAACGGACGAUUCUUGUCUUCAAAAAUCUCCGCACAGCGAUCAGACCCUUGUGACAAAAUCAACUGAGAAAUCUAACAGCGAACGAAUUUCAGGUGACAAAGUGUCGAAUUUUCGGGGAAAUCUGAUUUCGGAAAGGUUGCAGGAAUCCAAAAUAACUUCUCAAAAUUCUGAAGCGCGUGAUAUCACUGCAGAUUCGGUAGCUCGAAACUUUACUGGCGAUAACAAUAAGCUAUCGAGUCUUAAACCGCUUGGAGGAGUUACGCGUUCCAAGGAAUCUGGGCUGGUAUCCAGGAAGAAAGAUAGAUCGCCGGAAAAGAUCAGACUGGCGAAAAGGCCGAGAGUUCGUGUCAAACACAAGUUGGAAAUAGCAAAUUUAGUCAUAGACAUGAACAUGAGCCCCAGAUCGCAAAUCUCUAAAUCAAGAUCGGGUCGAUCGCUGAGGGGCGUAGAUUACUUACGUGGCGGUAGAAGUUGCCCGACUAUCCUGGAUCAGUCGAGGAAACGAAGGAACACCGAGCCCGUUCAGCACCCGACGAGUUUGCCAAAGCGAAUGAGUAAGGAUGCCCAGAUUCCAAAUUCUUCUGUCCGAAUUACGGAUGCAGCGAAUUCCAUGAAGGAGCUUAAACUUCGGAAGAAGUCGGAAGGGGAGAAAUCACUAUCAAAUAACAACAACAACAACAACAACAGGGAUAUUAAGAACAGUACUUCGAUGCGACGGAUCGGUAGAACAGAAAAAAUCGUCACAAAAAUAAAAAAACCAAUGAAAGCUAAGAAGUCUAACAUCGUUACAGCGAGGAGAGCGAUAGCAGACAUGCCGAAGAUGAUUCGUAAACAAGAUUUGAUGGUAAAGGCCAAGAAACAGCCCAGUGAAGUAGCUUCGAGACCCACGAGGCGAGAGGCUGUGACCAGAACGCGGAGCGGAAGAAGUCCCAGAAGUCUGACCAUCGGAAGACUUUGUAUUCGCAGACCGUUGCCUCAGAGUGGCGAAACCUAUGCGCUACAGACGAAGAAUCAGAGGGAUAAGAGUGAGAGAGUGGUUAAACAAAAUUUAAAUCCUGGUAAACAGCCGCUGCCUCAGAGAGAGCCAGCAAAAUUCGCGCAGCUUAACUGCAACGUCGAAAAAAGAUCAGCUGAGGUGCGUACGAAGUCGAAAAUGAUCAGCGUCAUGGUGCAGUGUUCUCUUAUUCCAAAUCCUCCAGAAUCUCCUAUCUGCAAUCUCGAUGCCAACUAUCGCUCGAAGAGAAACAGUCCAUCAGAUACAAACGUAAACACUGGAUAUCUGAUCAGUGAGUACAUCGGUAGUUCGUCUAAUUCUGAAUCGAAAAGAGUGAAACACGAGGUGAUCGAUUUGAUCGAGAUCAAGUCGGAGAGCGGCAGCGAAAACGUAGUCGAAUGCCAGUUGGACGACGACGAAACUGACAGGGUCGAAAAUUCAGCCCUUCGAAUAAAACCUUCGACGAGUAAUCGAGCCUUUGCAGAGUCUGAUCGCAGGGAAUCGCCUCUUGAUUUGGCAGGCCUCCACGAUCAGCGAAGCGAGGAUUCGCUUUCGAACAGAGGUUUCGUACGCUACGUUCCAAGCCGAAAACAGUCGACCAUUGUCCCGGUGAAAACAGCGGAGUUAAGCUUCAGGAUCGCGCAGCUAGAGUCGAUCGGAUUCAAGCCAAUAAAACCUGGGAUUCAUCCCAACGACGAAUCGGAACACGGGCGGCGAAGCACCAGCGAUAGUCCCAGAAUAUUGUACGUGAGCAGGGUCGUGAAACGAGGCGUGAACGAGGAAUACGACAAGUAUACAAGCGAAGAGACUAACGUCGUUCAGUACAUGGACAGUGAGUUGUCCUACGAGGACAUAGAGAACGAAGAUAAAGAUUUCUACGUUCAAAAAAUGGAGUUUGUCAAAUUCGGGGACACUAUAGACGAAGAAAGUGUUCAUAUCUCAGAGUCGCAUGGUGAAGAGGAGGAAGAGGAGGAGGAGUUGGAGGAAGAGGACGAGGAAGAAGAAGAAGACGAGGAGAACGUCAAGGACGACGAAGAACGGGAGGAGGAUUUUGGACGUGAUCUUAAAACGGAAUGGCAAUCUCAGCUCAACGAAGAUAGAAACAGUUCCAAUAUCGACGAUCACGAUCAGUCGGCUGCCGAUUCUGAUGGCGACGUACCGCCGUGGCACGGUUGGAGGAAAAUUAUUUCCAAUAAAGAGACUCAUUUUGUCGGAUGGUGAAUAACUAAAGUCUGAUACUUUGGUUGCAGUACAAGGAAAAAAAAACAAACAAAGCCUAACUAAUCCGGUAGUCAUUUGUGCCCCGGAAUGGCUUUGCGCUUUGCUAUUUUAACACUGAAUGCGGUUUAAUACUACAAAAAAAAUGAACAAAGUGUACACCAUAAGGGUUUUUGUACAGGUGAUGAAAUUUAUUAUUCAAAAUGUGGCCUUCUCGUCUAUCGCAGAUCGAAUUACUCUUGCGGCAAAAGACGCGGUAUCUGUGUCAACUUUUCUAUGGUUUUAAGGGAAACUUGAAAGAAAAAUAUAUGUGUAACAAAUAAACUAUCUUGCACGUCUUCGGCUAUUCUUUUAUUAACAUUUGAAAUUAUGGAAUUCUAUAAGUAUGUUGGGUUAACUGAGCAGAAUUUUUCACUCUAAAUUUCGUUCUUUAAUAGUGUAUUGAAAAAUGAAUAUUAUUUUGGAUUGAGCAUUGAAUAGUGCCUUCAUUUUAGUACGUGGUGAAAAGUUUUGGCAAGAAUUUAUGUACAGUAAAGACUUUAUUCUUUUUACUUCGUCUGAUACAAAUCGCUGCAGUGUCCGAUCAAAAUUUUUUUAAGCUUUGUUGUCAUCUUAUAUUACUAUUAUUAUUAUUAUCAUCAUCAUUAUUAUUAUUACUAUAAUAAUUAUUAUUGUUGUUAUUAUUACUACUACUAUACAAAAAGUUUUUACUACGAUUAUUUAAAUGAUGCAAAGUUUAAAACACGUUUAAUACAGUAACCCGAUACUUUUUCCUGCAGUCUUGUACAGAUCUGAUAUUUAUUUCGGAAAAUGUUCAGGGUUAUCCUCUUCGUGUAAAUCAAGUUUACCGGAAGGGAGGGUGGGGGGGGGGGGCAGCCACCAUCCCGAAAAACUCGUCUUAUCAAAUAUCUCGUGCAUCGUACAACCAAAACCGUAGGAUCCGUUCUUGUAGAUAAUAAAAUUCUCCACACGAUUUAUAAUUUUCAUAGAUUCACUACACAGAAUUGCCAUUUUUCUGAACAUUUUUUACCGUUUUAUGUGUUAUAAAAAUUUUUUCCGCGUACUACGAGUAAUAUUUCCAUUCAUCUGCAUUCGCGUGACGAAAUGUUUAUCGCGAUGCGGUUCUUAAAGUCUCAAUUUUACGGGAAAAAUUUUGCAAUAAAGUUCAUUGCAAAUUGUAUAUUCUACAAAUUUGGGUAUAACCAAUUUUACUGUUUCAUCAAGCGUUGACUAUAUGUUUAGCAAUAACUAUAUUUGGAAAAGUUUACCGCACUGUAAAUCAAAAAUUUAACUCUAUACAGGGAAAAAAUUUCUUACAAAAAUUAUAAGGAAUUUUAUUAUCUACGAAAACGGUUUCUAUGUUUUCUGUUGCGCGAUGCACGGUUGACAAGAUAUUUAAUAAGACGUGUUUUCCGAAAUGGUGGCUAAAGCGCCCCCCGCCACCAACUUAAAUUUACACUCAGAGGAUAGCUCCGAACAUUUUCUGCCACGAACAUUAAUUCUGUAGAAGAUUGCAUUAUGAAUAUAUCUUUUUUGCUUUAGUUCUUGUACUAGUUCAAAAACAAGUCUUGAGAUACUUCUUUAACUUGUAUGUAUAAUAUAAUAUCUAACGGAGCGCAGUCUUCGUUAUUUAUUUAGGUAGGAUACUAUUACUUUGUCAUUUUUCGUGCUCUAUAUUGACGUAGUUUUGUUGUUGAAAAUUUUUCAUUUUUUUUUCUCUACAUGAGCAGAGCGUGGUUAACAACGCGUAGGUAAGGUAUACUACUUAUUAUGGAGAUGUUGAAUCAUUAGCUCUUGAUUUCGUGUUAUUCUUAGUCACUUUCUGUUAGAAUAAGUAUUGCUAUUUUCAUUUGUCUUUCUAUUUUUUUCAACUUCAAUUAUACCUCCAGUUAACAAAGCUCGACAAUGUGAUCGAAGCCGAAAUGUCGAAUUUCAUUUCCAUUUAGCUUGAUAGUAUUCGCAACAGUUGUGGAUCUUCCAGAACAGUUCAGAAUACUCUGCAGAGCACAAAGACAAAGUCUUUAUCUUUUUAAGUUAAAUCGUUCCACUCAAAGUCGAUACGGUUUGGGUUCAAGAAUUCAGACAAACAGAUUCAGCACUUAGGUUUAGUAAAGUCUAUGCAUAUAUAUUCAAAGAGUUCAACAGUUCAAGGAGGUGCAACAACCACUAAUUAUAACUACUAUUAUUAUUAAUAAUAUGAAAAUGUAUAGAAAUAUUCUUGUAUAAUUUAUCAAUAGUGUAAAGAUAAGAGAAGCAAGAAUAUAUUCAGUCAAACUAAACUUUAACGAGAGACUAUUAAUUCUUUGAAAAUACUAUGUAGACCUAGUAUGUUUAUUGGAUAAAACUUAUACAUUAUUUUAUUAACCGAUCAUUGUUUUUAUAUAGUUAUUAAUAUAUACCCUAGUACCUACGUUAUAUAUUCCUUUUGUAUCGUUUUUAAAUAAUAAGUAUGUAAAGUUGUUACAUUAGUAGCUCUUCUUAGUUUUCUUCUGGUAUUCGUUUUUAUUCAGUAGCCGGCAAUGAAAAAUUUCCCUCGAAACCCGCUCUUUGUUUUUUCGUUAUUAUCAAUGCGAUAAGGAGCACAAAUGUGAACAAUAGUGUCAAAACUAAUCCAACAGUUGGCGGAAUGUAUUUCUUUUCCUUUUCUUAUCACGGUGUCAUUCGAUUUUCAUGGUAACGCGAUUGUAAAUAAACAUAACUAAUUAUUGCUACUAAACCGAAGUUAGUAAAACAUAACAAUUUUUCAUUGGAAGUGACAAACUAUUAGAAAUGUAACGUAUAUACGUACAUGAAUUCGAAAUUCGAAUUAGAAAUAGAGGUAAAAAAAUCUAUCUAAAUGUUCGACAUUAAAAUACGAGCAGAAAGACUGAUCUUUAUAGGCUGGUGAAAAAAAAGUUGAAAGAAAACGUUUGAGAACUCGGACACUGGUCACGACGCUUGUGACUCGUCCGCUAAAAUAUCGGAGAUUUCACAAGAUUUUUACUCUUCAAUUUUAUUUUACCUCUGUCGGUGAAUAAAAUUUGAAUAUAACUAUCAAAGCGACUAUCGCAAAUCAAAAUCGGCACUAUUUACAAUAUGCAAAAAUGUGCGCUUUGCACACAAAAGAAAUUUAAAAAAAUUAAUCUCAGCCUAGUCUCCUUUACUCUUUCUUAUAUUAGGUGAAAAAUAUAUUUUUAUACAUGCUGUCACAAAUAGAGACGAAACUGCAAGUAGUAAUUGUACGUCGGACGGUGAAUUCAACAUUGCUUGCAACAUAUGCAUAAAUAUGUAUACAUAUAUUGAUAUAUAAUUUUAUUCUAUAUAUAUUUUUCUAAAUGUCAAUACUGAUAAUAAAUGUUAUUCGAAAAAAAAACGGUCCGUAUGUACCUCGUAACAAACUAUGCAGUUAAAACCAGUAAUUUAAUUAGGAUGAAUAACGGCGUUGUAUCAUAGUUCGCUUUUUUCUUUUUUUUUUCUCAUAUUUAUUCCAAUAAUACUGUACACAGUAACAUGACCUUUUUUUCCAUACUUUUUUCGUUCUCUUCUUACUUAAUUUUGAUUAAACAAUAAACAAUAAUAUUACAUAUUCAAUAUUAAUAUUACUGUUGUUUUUUCUUGGUCAAAAUAAUUAUAACAAUCAAGUAGACGAAUGAAAUAUUUUUGCACAAUGUAACAUAUUCACAGAUUAAAUUUAUAUUUCAAUUUUCUUAAAUAUAGAUAUAUGUAUAUGUAUCCUCAUAUUACACGUAUAUACGAGGCAUUUCACACAGUUUCGAUCUGAAUAAACCCUCGACCUCAGCGAUUCGGCCCACGAUUUUUUAUCUUGUUGUUUCAAGUCUAAAACGCACUCUAAUCUGUUGCAGACUUUUUAAAUAAAAUUUUUGAAUCAUUUAUAAAUUUAAAAAAUUGAAAUAUCGUUUGUCCAAAUUCUAAAAUUUGAAAAAAAAUGUCCAAAUUUCAUUAUUAGAUAUCGAAAUUUUCCAGCCUAGAC